UGUCUGGGCUCUCUGGAAGUAAAGAGGAAGCACAAAAUCAGGUCUUGAUUGGAAUGGGCUUACUUGCUGGUUCAACCGUUUUUCUGUUGACAUUGCUAUGGGGUUCUUGUGUAGUUGUUGGUAAAUGUGAUCUUUCAGACAACUCAAUUUCAAUAGAUACAAAGGAUACUCGAGGGUUCAGUCUAUUUGGGUCCGGUGUUUCGACUGAUUUGCAAACUAGCUAUGCUGCAAGGAUAAUGACCGUCUCCCUUCUUCCAUUUGUCAUUGUACAGCUGCCAAAAAUCUUCAAGUUUCCUUCAGGGCAACGUCUUACUAUCUUGAUUACCAUUAUUAUUUCAGUUGGACUAGUCCUUUCUUAUUGCAUAUAUCAGAUCUUUCAGCCAUGGAUUCAAAGACGACGACUAGCAUAUGCAAAGCACAAACAUGUUAUAUCAGGAAUACUUAGACAUGCUCAAAUGCAAGCACUAGGGCGGCUUGUAACAAGUGAUGGAGAGCCUAAUAAGCCAGUCAUUGAAAAAUUGUUUUACAAAAUUGAUUUGGAUGAGGAUCGAGUUGUCUCGCAUUCUGAAUUAAGAGCAUUUAUCAUAGGAAUCCAGUUUGAGAACAUAGACUUAAACGAGGAUGAUGCCGUGGAUAGAGUAAUGGCUGAAUUUGACACCUCUGGAAAUGCUAGAAUUGAAAAAGAUGAAUUUAUUCUCGGGAUUUCCAAUUGGAUCAAAGAGGCCAAACGUACUGUUGAGAAUUCUGGUUCUUACUCCAAAAAAUUUGUGCAUGACUUUCAUAUGAAAACAAAAGAGCAACACGACUUGCUAAUUGACAAUAGUGACGAGGGUGUAGAGGAAAUUGAAAACCCAACCAUGGUUUAUGUCAAAGCCAUCUUACUGUUGUUGUUGGGGACUAUAAUUGCAGCUACAUUUGCUGACCCUCUUGUUGAUGCUGUAGACAACUUUUCACUUGCUACAAAUAUACCCUCCUUCUUCAUAUCCUUCAUUGCCAUGCCUCUGGCAACCAACUCCAGUGAGGCUGUCUCAGCAAUUAUUUUUGCCGCUCGAAAGAAGAAGAGGACUUCUUCACUGACAUUCUCCGAGGUAUAUGGUGGGGUGACCAUGAACAACACGCUUUGCCUGGCGGUGUUCUUGGCCCUUGUUUAUCUGAGGCAAUUGCAAUGGGACUUCUCUGCUGAAGUCCUCGUCAUCUUUCUAGUCUGCCUUCUGAUGGGCCUAUUCACCUGCUUCCGAACCACAUUUCCACUCUGGACUUGUUUAGUGGCCUACCUGCUCUACCCGCUUUCACUUAUUCUGGUAUAUAUUCUUGAUUUUAAGUUUGGAUGGUCAUAGCUUCGCUGUUUUUGCUUCUGCUGCUGAUGCGUUUGAAUAAUUCCUUCCCUGUAAGUUGAUUGUCUAUCAAUAUUUUGAGCGGAUGUGUUGUUGAAUACUGAAUUCUGAAAUGAGAUACCCACUUUGGUUACCUAUAUUUAUAUCUGUUAUGGCCA